UGAACAGGCGUACAGUAAAUUUUACGAAAAUAAUGUUGUUCUUUUUUCAAUAAAAUGCGACUCAAUAAAUUCACAUAAAGUUUAUUGUGAUUGGCCAUCACAAAGGUAUUGGCGUUUGUGAAAUGAAAUCAAUAUUUGCACACGUGUUAUUUUAUAUUUCUAUUGUUGACUUUCUGUGUGUAUUUUGUAAAAAGAAGAAGUAUGCCACUUAUCCCGAAGUCGUUAGUAGAGCCACUACAUUUUUGCCAAGAGUACAAGGAAAAACCUGCCUUCUUAAGCCUGAUGGAGGUCCAUGUCGCGCUGAAAUUAUCAUGUACUACUUCGACCCAGCUACAAUGGCGUGCUCUACUUUCACUUGGGGCGGUUGUCAGGGCAACGGGAACAGAUUCGAUUCCAGAGAAGAGUGUCUGGACCGUUGUCUAACCAAACCAAAUCAGCGAGGAUCCCGUCCGCAAUGGUGUAGUCUCUCCUUCGACUACGGCUUCUGCUUUGGGGCGUUAGAAAGAUGGUACUACGACCAUCUUUGGAAAGUUUGCAAGAAGACCAUCUACUCGGGCUGUGGGGGGAACAAGAAUAACUUCUACAAUCAGGAACAAUGUGAGUCCAUCUGCAGAUUUGGUAAAGGUCCCAUACCAAUCCAAACUACUGAAAGAGGUGGAAUGAAGAAGGUCCUCAUUAUCAACCCUUGGGACACGACUCCGAGGAGGGGCAGAGACCAAACUGUCGGUGUGUCAUCAAGAGUGAAUAACACUACUUCAGCAGGGUGAAGUAGUGUAAACAUACACUAUACAAAUUUAAUUUCAUUUUAAUCCAAAUAAAUUUGCAUAUUAAAAAUA